AUGGACAGCGAUGAAGACAAUUUCUCCUAUCCAACACUAUGGCCUGAACCUUGCUCAGUAGCCGAGCUUAACUUGAAUAGCAUGGCCAUAAUCAUCAUCUACAUCACCGUGUUCUUCCUUGGAUUGGUAGGCAACAGCGUGGUCAUAUUUGUGGUGUCUAGCAUGGAGAACCGUAGGACUUCCACAGACGUCUACCUCAUGCACCUGGCGGUGGCUGAUUUGCUUUUCUCUCUCACCCUGCCAUUCUGGGCUGUCUACGUACGCUCCGGCUGGGUCUUUGGCACGUUCCUUUGCAAACUGCUGUCAGGUGUACAGGAGGCUGCCUUGUACAGCUGUGUUUUUCUCCUAGCCUGCAUUAGCAUUGACCGUUACCUGGCUAUUGUUAAGGCAACACAGGUGACUCCCAGGAGCCAUCAGCUGGUGGGAAUCGUUUGCAUUGUGGUAUGGCUGGGCGCAUGCCUUCUCUCCCUGCCCGUUAUGAUUCAGCGGGAGUCGUUCAUGCCAGAGGGCCAAGCUCAUCUGUUUUGCUAUGAGAACCUGACAGCUGAGGUUGUGGACGAGUGGCGCGUUAGCCUGCGCAUACUCAAGCACGCGCUGGGAUUCUUUUUGCCUUUGGCCGUGAUGCUGGUUUGCUACAGUUGCACUGUUGCGACUCUCUUUCGUGCCCGCAACAGCCAGAAGCACAAAGCCAUGCGGGUCAUACUGUCCGUGGUACUGGCCUUCGUCAUCUGCUGGCUGCCUAAAAAUAUUAUCAUGCUUUUAGACACUCUGAUUCAAGGCCAGCACAUGGAUCAUUCUUGCGAACUUGUAGACUUCGUAGACACAGCUCUGCAUAUUACACAGAUAGUGGCGUUCAUGCACUGUGCCAUCAACCCUAUACUGUACGCUUUCAUUGGGAAAAAGUUCCGCAAUCAGUUUUUAAUCUCUCUUCACAAAAAGGGUCUAAUAGGAAGGGAAAUCCUGUCUUCUUACAGGGUGGGAUCUGUGUACAGCUCUGCUAACUCUAGACACACUUCUGUUACACUGUAA